AUGAGUUUAAAUUUCAGCAUAGCCAAUGUCGUUUAUGUAAAGAACCUCUCCACCGAUGUGACAGAGAAGGACAUCAAAGAAAAAUUUGAAUCAUGUGAUGAGAUAAUCGGCGUCGUUUUUAAGAACUUUCCCGGGAAGAACCAGAAGUACUGCCAAAUCGAGUUCAAGAGCUCAGAGGGGAUAACGAAAGCGUCUCGCCUCAAUGGCGAGCUGCUGUUGAACGUCCCCAUGGUUGUAACUGUCAUCGAACCCAUUUCACAGAACCCACCCUUUGCCGACGCGGCUAGCGGUAGCACUGAGACGGAUAAAAAUUUAGCCAUUUCCCUAGAUGCACGAGCCGGCGCCCUCGUGAACAGUGCCGCCGCGCAGAGCGUGCAGUACCAGGCCCUGCAGAACAUCCUCCUCCAGCAGCAACUCCUUUCGGAGCAGAAGAAGGGACUCGUGGACUUCCAAAACUCGCUGAACGAAAAGAACAACAAAUUUGACGUCUUCUCCAAAAUUAUUUAUAUGGAAAAUGUCCCCGCAAAUUGCAGCGAAGAUGAUAUAAAGGCCCUGUUCAAGAGCGUGGGAACCACCACCAGCUACAAGCUUCAGUAUAACGAGCAGAAAAAAAUGAACACCGCUUUUGUAGAAUUUACAAACGAAGAACAUGCCAAGGCUGCGUUGCUUUUGAAUGGAACCAAAAUAGGGACAAACGAAAUAAUUAUAAGAGAUGCAUACAGCUUAAUCAACGAGAGAGACAAUAUGAAGAAUAAUUUUUCGUUUUAUAGCAACAGCACAAGUGUGACGAGCACCAAGGGGGACGUGAGUGAGCCUCCCCCAGCCAAGAAACAACCCGUGGUUAAUGAGAAGGUAGAAAAGGUCCUCGCCUUGAGGGACAAGCUGAGUCAAAAGCUUUUUGCCAUGUAUAACUCGAGUGCCGUGAUUGCGAAUAACCUCGUGCAGGCGAAUCCGCAGCUGAUCGGGGCCACCCCAGAGGGGGUAGCGGGAGUAGCGGCGGUAACGGGAUUAGGGGGAGUCACUGGCAUUACUGGUGUCACUGGAAUUACUGGCAUUACUGGAAUUACUGGCAUUACUGGCAUUACUGGCGUCACGAACGCCGCUAACGCCGCUAACAUCGCCGAGCAACCCAAAGCGGUAGCGGAGAGUAACAACGGGUCGGUCGGUCGGCCCGGCGAGCCCAACGUGAAUGAAGCGCAGGAGAAGGCGGAGAGGAAGAAAAAGGCCAAAGAGGAAGGAGAGAACGCCGGCGAGGGAGCGGAGGACAAACACGCGGAGGGAGAGGCAACCGCGGGGAGAGACGCAAACGACGCGGAUGAAACACGUGACAAAGGGAGGAAAGGCAAAAGAUCUGGGAGCGCGAAAUACAGCAGCAGCGAAUCGUCUGGCUCGUCUCGAAGCAGCUCCCGCUCAUCCUCCAGCAGCAGGAGCAGCUACAGGAGGCACGGAACCAAGACAAAUUCCAGGCGAAAACGUAGCCAUAAAAAGCACAGCAGCACCACUCGAAAAAGGAAGAAAUAUGAUAGCCGCUCCAGGAGCUCCCAUCGCACCAGGAGUUCCCACCGCACUAGGAGUAACGACUCGAUAAGUUCUUAUGAGUCUGAUAGAAGAAGCAGGUACCGUGAGAGAGAAAGCAAAAUUAGGAAAAUGAGGAAGAGAGGCCACAGCUCUUCCGUCAGCUAUAGUAACUCGUCUCAUUCUGCCAGGCGAAGGAGAAAAAGGUCCAGCAGCAACAAACCGUGGUGGGUUAAAGAGUCGGAGAAAAUGCAGAUGAGGCAGCGCUUGAAGGAGAGGCAGAGGCGUGAAAUGGCCUACCGAGAGAGGUACAGACGGUAG